CAAGUGUUGUCGUGUGAGGCUGCCACGUUUGCUGUCACAUUUGUCUGGGCCACACGGAAGCAAUAUAUUUUUUUGUAAUCAUCCUUUUAAGAGGUGAUGGAGGUUGGCGCAAGUCCGUUGCUCUAUGAACUGCUGCUCCAGAUAGGCCAGGGCUCCUUUGGCAAGGUGUACAAGGCCAGGGAGAUAGGCGGAACAGGGCGUCUCCUGGCGGUGAAGAAGUUCCACAGCGAGUUGUCGAGAUCGUCGGGCAACAAUGGCAUCCCUCCGUACAUGCUACGUGAGGUGGCGCUGCUGUGUAGGAUGAAGUUCUUUGACCACCCCAACGUCAUCAAGUUGUUGGAUGCGAGGGCCACAAUGGUGAGCAAGGCGUUCGACCUCACGGUGGUGUUGGAGUACAUCGAACAGGACCUGUCCACUUACCUGUUCAGAGCCCAUCCGUCUGGACUCAGCUUGGACGACAUUAGGGCCAUAAUGCUGCAGCUGAUGCGCGGCCUGGACUUCCUGCACGUCAACAUGGUGGUGCACCGCGAUAUCAAGCCGGAAAACAUCCUGAUCAGCAGCGGCGGCCUGGUCAAGAUCGCCGACUUCGGACUGGCUCGCUUGUAUACCUUCAACAUGGCCCUCACGCCAGGUGUUGUCACGUUGUGGUACCGAUCUCCGGAAGUGCUGCUCACCUCUGUUUACACGUCGUCUGUGGAUGUGUGGAGCGCGGGAUGCAUAUUUGCUGAGCUCUUCCUGCUCAAGCCGCUCUUCAAAGGAUCCUCUGAAGCGCAACAGCUGCAAAUGAUCUUUGAGUUCAUCGGUUUGCCCACUGAGGUUGAGUGGCCCCAGGACAGCCCCGUUGCCUACUCCCUUUCCUUUGGGCCCAAGGACCCCAAUCCCCCGCUGCUGGCCUCGCUGAACCCCCACGAGAGAGACCUCCUUCUGCAAUGUUUAACCUUCACGCCAAGCAGACGCAUCUCGGCCGCUGGGGCCCUGGCUCACCCCUUCUUCAGCCAGCACUGAAGGAAAGUAUUCACUCUGUUAGAUGUUAUUGUUGCGUGUUUACAAAGCCACUAUGAGCACCUUAGAAUGGACACUUUUUUUUGUGGAUUUUGUCCAAGUUAUCUGUGAAGAGAUGUUAUGCCUUGGAAGUCUGUUCACUGAAUUAUGGCAGUGCAAUUUCUAACAUUUUUCUAUUCUACUAUGUUUACAACAGUUUGUAAUGAGUGUUGCCUUUAAGAGCAGUACAAGCCCUUUCAUAGCUGACAUGUAAACUUCAAGCAGAAAAACUGAAUAAAGGAAAUGUUGUUUUUCCCCCCCCCCCCCCACAAUUUAUAAUUCUCUCCAGGUGUCUUAAUAAAAUGUCUGUGACGUGCACUAAAAUAAAAAUAAAAAGAGUUGUGCCAACUCCAUUGAAGCUUAACUCCUUUCUCAUGACAUGGUGUUACAGUUGAGGAUACCGCGCCAACAGUAACAGGAGGAACGUCAUUCGCGAUCAACGUAGGGAUUAUUUAAACUAAAAUGGACUUUUUGCAAAAAUUCAAUCAGGUUUCCCAACUCAUCUCAGUACAGUAUCAGGUCUUGUCAAAGUGCUAAAUGAUACAAGCUUGAACACUGACUCAGGAAAGGUGUCAAUUCUUGUCUUGUUGGAUCUCAGUGUGGGAUUUGAUUCAGUAGAUCAUAACAUACUGCUGAACAGGUUGGAAACAUUGGUCGGACUAAAUGGAACAGUCCUUAAAUGGUUCAGAUCCUACCUGGAGGAAGAGUUAUUUUGUUACCAUUGGAAGUGUUCAAUCUCAUCGAAUGACAAUGUCCUAUGGGGUCCCUCAAGGGUCAAUUCUUGGACCCCUCCUGUUCAGCCUAUGUAGCCUACAUGCUAUCCUUGGGUCAAAUUCUUCAGAACUUUAAUGUUGACUGUCAUAGCUAUGCAGAUGACACACAGUUAUAUCUACCAGUGUCUCCAGAUGGCUACAGUUCAAUUGCGGUGUUGUGUGACUGUCUAAACUGGAUAAACCAAAACUAGCAUACUACACAUACAUACAAUACAUACUAGCAGAGUGAAAAGAGACUUCCUGGAAUGCCUAGAAUGAUGUUGUACAUAGUUGUGGUAAUUAUGUGUUAACCGUUGGUGGUGAUUCAAAUUACGCAAAUUUAAGGUAGUAACUGGAGGCGAGAAGAAUCUGUAUACAUUUUUUUUUUCAAUAUGCUGGAGCAGUUCUUCUGUGCCACACGAAAGUUAGACUGGCUCUGUGUUUUUUUGUAUGAUGAUGGAUAUUUAUUGAAAUUUGCAGACUGAUGGAACAAAGUUUGAUAUGAAAGAGACAGAAAAAUUGCAAAUAAGACGGCACACUAGCUGUAAGAGAAACAAAAACAAAAAAACAUCUUAUGACUACUGUAGCGUUACCUUGGAGUCUGUU